AUGAUGAAAGUCGCAUCAUCUACGCAGCGAGCCGACCACGAGGCUGCUCCUGUGCCCAGCCAGCGUGGCGAAGCCGUGGAUGAACAUGAAGAUGCCGAGAGGAAUUAUGAUCUCGGAUCGCCGAAGUUCUGGACCAUUGUCGUGGGCAUGUAUCUCGUUAUUUUCCUGGUUGCUUUGGAUCGGAGCAUUAUUGCAACUGCCAUUCCUAGAAUCCCCGACGAAUUCGAUUCCAUCCAAGAUGUUGCCUGGUACGGCAGCGCCUACACAUUGGCUUUGUGCCUGCUUCAACGUUAUCUCUGGCCGCGCUUAUCAGCAGCGUGGUUUCCAAUACUGUAUCGAUAA